AUGUCUUUGAGAUCCAUCCAAAAAGCCAUACAGUCAUAUGGAAAUAUCAAUAAAAUCACCUCGUCCCUGAAACUUGUGUCAGCUGCAAAAAUGGCCAAGACAGAGCGCCUGCUAAAGGACGUAAGACCAUUUGGUCAUGGCACAUUAUCAUUUUACAAAAAAUAUACACACAUCAAUAUGCUCGACCACAUUCAAAACCAUCUGAUAUUUGCGAUCACUUCUGAUCGAGGUUUAUGUGGCGGAUUACAUACGGCUGUCGUGAAAAAAGUUAAACAAGAACUGAACCGGCCUGAUCAACAAUUUGCAAAAGUUGUGUGUGUUGGCCAAAAAUCAGAGGAACUGCUAGCAAAAUCUUAUAAAUCUAACAUUUUAUUCACAGUUUUCAAAAUUGGCAAAGAUAAUCCCACAUUUCUAGAAGCUUCAAAAAUAUUUAAUGAAUACAAUUAUGCUGAAUUUAUUGCUUGUCAGAUGUUUUACAACCGUAUUGUUACUAAAGGCACGUCACAAGUUGACUGGAUAUCCAUUUAUAACACAGACUUUCUUCUCUCAGUAGCUCAUAUUGCAAGUUUAGAAGAAAUAGAAGAAGAAACUAUGAAAAGCUAUAUUGAAUUUUCUACUGUUUCACUUUUAUUUUUUGCCAUGAUGGAUCAAAAAAGACAUUUUGAUAACUGCUUAGUCUCUUACUAUCUCCAAAACAUCCAAUUGCACUUCAAAGUUUUCAGGAACCAGUUACAUCAUUAUUUCAAUAUAAGUCCCAUAAUAAUAUGGGAUAUUCCAUUUGAUGUACACUCAUUACUUCAGAUAACAUUAACAUUUUUGAAAAUAAUUCUUUUACCACAAUCAAAGUUAUAA